AUGAAUGAAAAGGAAAGAGAAAGGCAUCUAAAAACUGUCGAACCAGCCGAAGUUGCUUGUUUGAGCUCUUCUACAAGUUCUGACAGCUAUUUACCGAAGUACAGCGAAAUCCCCUAUUCUCAUGCUGACAAUAUGGAGAAAGGUUGUUUAUGUUUACAUUACGAUCCAGUUCCACCAUACUCAGGAAAUAGACACCAAGAAGCGUCUACCAACAUGGCAGGAGAAAAUAUAUUCUCUAUUUCUUUACGAAAUGUUUUGACGGCAUUAUUCUGGUUGAUUUUCUGGCCGGCAAAAAUUGCGAGAAUCUCCGAAGCAAAGCGGAGACAGGAGAAUGAAGUUCUUCGGCUUGGUUGGUGCUUUAUUGGUUCAAUCGUAUUGGACUUUUUCUUUUCUUACUUUUUCCUUGUCCCCUUUAUAAAGGAACCGAUGAAAGAAUCUGUAUGGACAUGGUUUCAAGCUACUGUGGCAGCUGUUCUUGUCGUCAUGACUUUCUAUAUGUUCUUAUUUGUUUUUUCACUGUUGGUGGAUUCAAUCGUUAUAUUGAUUCCUCUAGUUUUUUCUGGGAUUUCCUCGUUUUUCUCUGGGAUUUUUUCUGGGAUUUCCUCGUUUUUCUCUGGGAUUUUUUCUGGAAUUUUUUCUGUGAUUACUAGUGCUCUAGGCUUCAGGAUGUCAUCGGAUAGAAACGACUUGACGGAUGAUAAUAGUAUCCCAUUAAACAGCUUGCCACCAGAGCCUGAAAACCAGUUCAACGAUCGUAGUGAUGAUACUUUUAAACAACCGUCCUCUGAACAUACUGAGCAAUCUCCAGGGUUACGCCAGGAACCGGGUCAGUCUAGGGAUGUUGAAAGCGGUGGGAAUUGA